AUGGCGGCCGCCGUUGCCGUUCUUCGCGCCGCCCUUCGCCGGGGCCGUCCGGCAGCCGCGGUGCUACUGCACCACCGUCCCAAUCCCUCCGUUCGGAGCAUCCCGCCACCGCCUCUUCUCGGUAAGGCCAGUCUCCUCUCCCUAGGCUACUCCCUAAAACCCCCUCACGAUCUCACCCCGUCCGCCCCCCUCUUCAACACAGGUCGAGCGCUUCCUCCCCUCCCGCGGCUUGGUUUCUCCGCCGGCUUCGGCUACUCCACUGCCACCGAGGAGUCCGUGCCCUCCGCGAGGCCCAAGGGCAAGGCCAAGGCCAGGAAGAAUCCCAUGAAGCAGUCGCGCUUCGACUUCACCAAGGUGGACGCCGCGCUUCUCCCCACCGUCAUCCUCGUCGGCCGCCCCAACGUCGGCAAGUCAGCCCUCUUCAACAGAUUUAUACGUAGGAGGGAGGCGUUGGUGUACAAUACUCCUGGGGACCAUGUCACUCGUGACAUCCGUGAAGGAGUUGCCAAGCUUGGAGAUCUCCGUUUUCGUGUGCUUGACUCAGCUGGACUUGAGACUGCAGCAACAUCUGGGAGCAUUCUCGCUCGGACAGCAGACAUGACAGGGAAUGUAUUGGCUAGGUCUCAAUUUGCCAUUUUCUUGAUUGAUGUGAGGGAUGGUCUGCAGCCACUGGAUCUUGAAGUUGGGCAAUGGUUGCGUAAGCAUGCAUCUGGGAUACAUACGCUUGUUGCGAUGAACAAGUCUGAGUCACUUGAUGAGCAUGGACUUCUGACCGCUGCUGCUGGAGAAGCACACAAGUUGGGGUUUGGUGAUCCUGUUGCAAUAUCCGCAGAGACAGGCCUGGGGAUGGCAGAACUCUACGAGAUACUCAGGCCAUUGUUUGAGGAAUACAUGUUCCAGCUUCCAAACAAUGAUCUCAACCAAGAUGAUCCUAUCUCGGAGGUUGAAACUGAGGCCCAUGAAGGUGACGAGAGCAAGUUACCUUUGCAGUUGGUAGACACUGCAGGUUGGAUGGAAAGAUCAGGGAAGGAGAAAGGGCCAGCAUCUUUGAGUGUUGUGCAGUCUAGAAAGAAUCUAAUGAGGGCUCACAUUGUUGCUCUUGUGCUGGAUGCUGAAAAGGGCCAUGUUAAAUCAUUGAGCAUUAUGACCAACCCCAUGUUUGCUUUCAGUAUUGCUAAGUCCAAAAGUAGCAUGAAUCAUCCAGAAGUUGUGAUAGCACGGCAAGCAAUAGAAGAGGGCCGUGGGCUCGUUGUGAUUGUCAAUAAAAUGGAUCUCCUUAGAGGUAACCAAACGCUGUUUAACAAGGUUAUGGACGCUGUUCCUAGUGAAAUCCAGACAGUCAUUCCUCAGGUGACAGGAAUACCGGUUGUUUUUGUGUCAGCACUGGAGGGGCGGGGGCGGGUUGCUGUGAUGCGCCAGGUUAUAGAUACCUAUGAGAAGUGGUGCUUAAGAUUGUCAACAUCACGGCUCAACCGUUGGUUGCGUAAGGUUAUGAGCAGACAUUCCUGGAAAGAUUCAGCUACUCAGCCAAAAGUCAAGUACUUCACUCAAGUGAAAGCACGGCCACCAACAUUUGUUGCCUUUAUGAGUGGGAAGACUCAGCUUUCUGAUACAGAUAUUAGGUUCUUGACGAAGUCUCUCAAGGAGGAUUUCGACAUUGGGGGAAUACCAAUACGGAUCGUACAACGUUCUGUUCCAAGAAAAGCUUCUGCAAAGACCAACACAAGGAACACUGGGCCUAGGAUUGUCAGGAUGAAAACUGACAAACGAACAACGGUGCUGAUGAAACAAACUGCUGGGUGCUUCUUCUCGGGGAAUAGCAUUCUAUGGUUCUGCUUCUGA